AUGACUCUGUGCUACCCCAUGGCCGUGGGCCUCAACAAGGGCCACACGGUGACCAACAACGUGAGCAAACCAAGGCACAGCCACCACCGUGGGCGCCUCACCAAGCAUACACACUUUGUGUGGGACAUGAUACGAGAGGUGUGUGGCUUUGCCCUGUAUAAGUGCCAUGUCACAGAGCUGCUCAAGGUCUCCAAGGACAAAUGGGCCCUCCAGUUCAUCAAGAAAAGGGUGGGGACACACAUCCAUGCCAAGAGGAAGCGAGAGGAGCUGAGCAAUAUCCUGGCCGCCAUGAGGAAAGCAGCUGCCAAGAACAACUGA